AUGGCAAGGGCAGCACGUGUGACCAAACUCAAAGCAGAAUCCAAGUGCUCCAUCUGUCUGGAUUACCUCAGAGACCCCGUCACCAUCGAUUGUGGGCACAACUUCUGUCGGCCCUGCAUCCAACAGUCCUGGGCGGAUCUACAGGAACUGUUCCCUUGCCCUGUCUGUCGGCACCAAUGUCAAGACAGGCGCUUCAGGAGCAACACCCAGAUGGGAAGGAUGAUUGAAAUUGCUGAGAUACUCGAGAGCACUAAGAGCAAGAAAAAGAGGCAGGAAAAAAGGACCUUGUGCGAGAAGCACAACCAGCCCCUGAGCGUUUUCUGCGAGGAGGACCUGGUGGUGCUGUGUCCCCUGUGCACUCAGCCCCCUAACCACCAGGGCCACCACGUGAGGCCCAUAGAGGAGGCUGCCUCUCAUCACAGGGAAAGGCUCCGCAGUUACAUCCAGCCCCUGAAAAAGCAACUGGCAGACCUUCAAAAAUUAAUAAGCACUCAAAGCAAAAAACUCUUAGAACUGAGAGAGAAGGUGGAAAGCCAAAGGCAGGAACUGUCCUCUGAAUUUGAGCACCUCACCCACUUUUUAGACCGUGAGCAGCAGGGAGCUCUCUCCAGACUAGCUGAAGAAGAGAAGGACAAUCAACAGAAACUCAGUGCAAACAUAACAGCAUUUUCAAACUACCUUGCCGCACUCAAAAGCCAAUUAAAUAAGGUAGCAGAGCUAUGUGAGCUGUCUGAACCGGAACUGCUGUCACAAAUUAAACUUUUCUACGAGUCUGAAAAUGAGAGUAGCCCGUCAAUCUUUUCAAUUCAUCUGAAGAGAGAUGGCUGCAGUUUUCCUCCCCAGUAUUCUGCUCUGCAGAGAAUUGUAAAGAAAUUUAAAGUAGACGUAACUCUAGACUCUGAAACGGCACACCCUAACCUGAUCCUAUCUGAAGAUAAAAAAUGUGUGAGAUUUACAAAGAGAAAACAAAAGGUUCCUGGUUUCCCAAAAAGAUUUACAGUCAAGCCAGUUGUUCUGGGCUUUCCCUGUUUUCAUUCUGGCAGGCAUUUCUGGGAGAUUGAAGUGGGAGAUAAGUCAGAAUGGGCUAUUGGCAUUUGCAAAGAUUCUCUUCCCACAAAGGCGAAGAGACCCUCAUCGACCCAGCAGGGAUGUUGGAGAAUUGAGCUGCAGGAUGAUGGCUAUCAUGCACCAGGGGCUUUACCAACCCCUCUCUUGUUAGAAGUGAAAGCUAGGACCAUUGGCAUUUUCGUGGACUAUGAGCUGGGUGAGAUCACAUUCUACAACAUGGCUGAGAAAUCUCACAUCUGUACUUUCUCUGACACUUUUACUGGACCUCUUCGGCCUUACUUCUAUGUAGGACCAGAUUCACAACCUCUCAGAAUCUAUACAGGAACAGCUGGUGAAUGA